UUGCCUUUUAUGACCAUGUUCUUAAAAGUCCCGUGAUGCCAAAUAAUUUCAGACAACGAACCGACCUAUCCUGACAACUGAAACAGGCCAAACCUUUUGGCAAAAUCUGUUGAGUAAGUUGAUUGGACAGAACUUUGUGAAAAGUCCUGAAACAUGCAAAUGCGUGCAAAUUGAUUCGCUUGCUACAGUGGAUGGGAGAAGACCUUUUUUCCAAGUCAACAAAGCUCAACUGUUCGUAGGUGAACUGCAUGCAACAUGGAGUACACAUUUCGAGCCGUAACUCACACUCCUGGAAUUAUAAUCUGGAGAAUUGAGAAAAUGUUGCUUGUUCAAGUCCCUGAGAAGUCAUGUGGACACUUUUAUGAGGGGGACUGCUAUCUUCUUCUCUAUACCCAGAAGGUAAAAAGCUCUCUGCACUACGACAUCCAUUUUUGGAUCGGUUCAGAGUCAUCUCAGGAUGAACAAGGCGCCGCAGCAGUGUAUGCGACACAGUUGGACGACUUUUUGGGUUCUACGCCGGUCCAGCACCGAGAAGUUCAGGACCAUGAAUCUGAGGUUUUUAAGGGUUAUUUCAAACAGGGAAUAAUUUACAAGAAAGGUGGGGUCGCAUCAGGUAUGCGACACACUGAAAUCAACACCUACGGUGUAAAGCGACUGCUUCAUGUCAAAGGGAGGAAACGAGCGGUCGCCAAGGAGGUGGCGCUGAGCUGGAAAAGCUUCAACCUCGGAGACGUGUUUUUAUUGGACAUCGGUAAGACCAUCAUCCAGUGGAAUGGACCGCACAGCAACAAACAGGAAAGAUUAAAAGGUAUGCUGCUGGCCAAAGACAUCCGAGACAGAGAGCGAGGAGGCCGGGCGGAGAUCAAGGUGAUCGAGGGCGAUUCGGAGGACAGCUCUGCUGACGUCAUGGAGAUGAUGACUCAUGUUCUUGGUGAGAGAUGCAUCGAUUUGGCAGAGGGUCCUCUUGAUGAACCCCUGAACCAGGAACAAGUUGGGAAACUCACUCUUUACCAAGUGUCAGAUGUUAAAGGGCAGAUGAAAGUCAUAGAGGUGGCGAGAAGACCACUGGUUCAAGAACUGCUCAACAAUCACGACUGCUACAUCUUGGACCAAUGUGGCUCAAAGGUCUUUGUAUGGAAAGGGAAGAAGGCGAAUAAAGCUGAGAGACAGAUGGCCAUAACCAGAGCUAUGGAGUUUAUCGAGGCGAAAAAUUAUCCCGGGACAACAAAUGUGGAGGUAAUGAAUGACGGCGCUGAGUCGGCUCUCUUCAAACAGCUGUUCCAGACGUGGACUGUUAAGGACCAAACUCAAGGCCUGGGGAAAGUGCACACAAAGGGGAGAGUUGCUACAGUGACACAAGAGAAAUUUGAUGUAUCACUUUUGCACGUGAUGCCAGAGAUUGCAGCGCAAGAAAGGAUUGUGGAUGAUGGCUCAGGUGAAGUGGAGGUUUGGAGAAUUGAGAAUCUCGAGCUGGUCCCUGUGGAUCCUCAACAUCAUGGUUACUUCUUUGGUGGAGAUUGUUACUUGGUCCUUUACACUUACUUGGUCAACAACAAGCACAGAUACCUACUCUAUAUAUGGCAGGGCCGUCAUGCCUCACAGGAUGAGCUGGCAGCAUCUGCGCUUCAUGCCAUAGAAAUAGACCACAUGUAUGGUGGAGCGCCAGUUCAAGUGAGAGUAACAAUGGGUAAAGAACCAAAGCACUUUUUGACCAUUUUCAAAGGCAAAAUGGUCAUUUUUGAGGGAGGUUCCUCCAGAAAAGGACGUGUUGAACCCGAGCCACCAGUUAGGUUGUUCCAGGUUCACGGAUUUGAGCCCUCCAAUACAAAAGCCAUUGAAGUUCCAGCACUUGCCUCUUCUCUAAACUCCAAUGAUGUUUUUUUGCUGAAGUGUGAGACUGGACUUUAUUUGUGGUGUGGAAAGGGAGCCAGUGGUGAUGAGAGGCACAUGGCGAAGGAGAUCUGCUCUGUGAUCGGACAAAACUCGCAAGGAAUUCAUGGUCAGAUUAUUGCUGAAGGUCAUGAGUCUUAUGAUUUCUGGGAGAUGCUAGGUGGCCAGGCUCCAUAUGCCAGUGAUAAGAGGUUGCAGCAGACCAUUUUGGAUCACGAACCACGUUUGUUUGAAUGCUCGAAUAAGUCAGGUCGUUUUACGGUGACCGAGGUGACCCAGUUCACACAGGACGAUCUCAAUGAAGACGAUGUCAUGUUACUAGACACGUGGGACCAGGUGUUUUUGUGGAUCGGUAAAGAGGCCAACAAGGAAGAACGCAAAGAGGCAUUGGUGACAAGUCAAGAAUACUUGCGCACACACCCAGGUGGCAGAGAUCUAGACACGCCUAUCCUGCUGAUUAAGCAAGGGUUCGAACCACCCACUUUCACUGGCUGGUUCACGGCAUGGGAUCCCUACAAAUGGAGUGAGGGGAAGAGCUAUGAGCAGCUGAAAAAGGAGCUGGGAAAUGGAAUGUCCCCUAUUGAUGUUUAUAAUGUUUACAGCAGUGAUGAAAAUGAUGCAAGCUUUAAGUGUUUUCCUGCUGAGUUUUUAAUCAGAAAGCUUGUCAGUGAGCUGCCGAAAGGUGUUGACCCCACACAGAAAGAGAGAUACCUCACCGACUUGGACUUCUGCAACAUAUUUGGAAUCAAUAAAGACCAAUUUGCAAAUCUGCCACGAUGGAGACAGCUCAACUUAAAAAAAGAAAAGGGGCUCUUUUAAUGUUCUAUUUUCAUGUUACGCCUCAACAGAUUAUACUAUUAAGUGAAUCAUAAUAAAACAACAAUUAGACGUGCUUUGCAUCAGUGGUUUGGUUUUCCAUAUUUGGAUGCUCAUUAUAUAAUAAUCAAAUUGAGCUGAUAUUGCGUUUUAAUGGUUUGUUGUCACAUUGUUCACAUUUUAAUGAGUGUCUUCCAAUCAAUAAUCUAUAUAGACAAGUUUCCUGAGCGAAACAUGGGUGGCGCCAUCUUCCGCUUGAGACAGAACAACAUGAAGUGCGGUUGAAGCGGUGUGCAGACGUUGUAGUUAAACUGCAAAAUCAAACCAGACGAAACCACGGAAUCUCCAAAAAUGGAUUCAGCAUGACAUAGAUGAUGCUCCGAGACUUUCUGUGUUAUGCGUUUGUUCUUAUAACUUCAUUGAUUGUUCAUGGACAAAAUUCUAACAAUUUGUGCAGCCUGUGUUAACAUGAGAUAUAGAUUGAUACGCCGGCCACCUGAGUGACCAAAAUUAGGCAAAAUGACAAAUAUUACAGUUGCCGAAUGCAAAGUGCUCACACAGAUUUUGUUGUUACAAGUAAAUACUAAAAGGUAUUCUUUAUCUGGUUAGAUUAUACAAGAAGUUAUGGUAUUAAGAGCUCAUCACACAUGUACAUAAAAACACAAAGUCUGUCAUUCUUUUUUAUUGCAGAUAUUGAUCGCAAUAAA